UAAAGUUAGAUUUUGAAUCAAAUUAUGUACAUAUGUUCAUGCCAAACUGUAAUAAUAUCAUAAGAUAUGUAAUGGAAAAAUCUCGUCAUGUUUGACAUUCAUUGUCAUAUUAAUGCUUGAUUUCAAGUAUGAACGAAGUUGGUCCAUCGUUAGUGACAACUUAUGCGUUCAAAAGUGGUAAAGAAUACAUCGUCAAGAUAAAAGUGACAGCUUUUAAGGAAUAUCAGAAAAAUUUGGAGCUCACCAUUACUGAUAAAUAUACCAGUGAAAAUUGGCAGUCCUCCUACGACGCUGCAUAUAUUGAAAAUUUAACGCACAAAACCGGAAAUUACAAGCAUUUCGAUGUAUUUGUUGCUAUGCUGCAAUCUGGGUUGUUGAAAACUAGCGAAUCUAUAACCUUGGAUCUCCUCACAUUCGAAGAUCUUGAACUGUUACGUACACGUAGACUCGAACGUAAUACCUGCUCAAGUUUGAAUAAUACGACAAACAAUCGUCGAUACCUUAUAUUAACAUACACGGUAGAAUUUGAUCGAAUUCAUUAUCCAUUACCUUUGGAAUACUGUGGUCUACCUGAUCCAAUAAUACUGCAAGCUACCGUUAAGAGAUUACAAGCUGAAAUCGAAAAGUUACAGUCUAUAGGGAAAAGUAAAAAUCUGCUGAAACGUAUUGAACAUCUUACGAUUGCGAAUCAGAAACUUGUUCAAGAGAAUCAAAGACUUUCGAAUGGAGGAAAAGGUUUAAAGCGCAUUUUAGGGUCUAUAAAGUCUUUAGAAAAUAACGUGACAAAAGAACGUGCAUCUUUUCGAAUACAAAUACAGAAACUUAAAGUUGAGAAUGCAGCUCUGUUGUUAAAAGUAAAACAACUUACUGAAUCUGCUGGUAGAAAACCUGGAGAUGGUGGCUCUGCAUUAAAAUGUCAUAGUCGCUCUUCUUCUAUACGAACAAAUUAUACAAAUUCUAGACAAAGCAGAAGUCGUUCUUCGUCAAUAUCUAGUCAUAUUAAAACAUCUAGAUCUAGUUUGUCACCAGGUAGUUCCAUGGAAUCACUUAGAGUUCGUAGCUCUCCUUCUCGAAAUGUGAAAACACGUAACAGGACAAAGGAUUCAAAAACUGAUUAUGAGAGCUUGGAAUCAAGAAUUUACACAUUGCAAAAAAUGUUAAAGGAAGGAAUACAUUUAAGUUGACAGAUUGUUAUCAAUAUAUACAAUAUCAAGUAUUAAAGUACAUUAAUGCUAAUAUCAACAUUAUUAUUGUACUUUAUAUAUAUAUAUAUAUAUAUAUAUAUACAUACAUGUACACUACAGAGAUGACUUUAAGUGAAAUGACAAAGUAAUAUCAGAUCGUUGUUUUAAAUAACAAAAAGUCAAAAUAUUAUUUCACCUACUAUAUAAAUCUUUUUAAAAAAAUAUAUUUAGUCUCAAAUAUCAUUGAAAAUAAAAAAGGAAUCACAUAUGUGAAGAUCUAAGUAGAAAAUAUCAGAUAUUUUCUGACCCUGUGCCUUCAAUUAUAUACAAAAUCUUUUACUAUAUAUGCUAUAGAAAGUAUUUUUUAUGUACACUGCAGCAUUAUAAAUGUAUUUCUUAUUUGUUGCUGUCAUCGUAUUAUACCGACACUAUCACAUUUGUUAAUCCUCAGCCGACUGUUACAGACAAAUUUUGCUCACAUAACGGCGCUGUAACAGUGUGCGUGAGCAGGUGGUAAAUACUCGGCGCUACCGACACACAGAAUAUGAAAAAAAAUAUCUGACCCAGAGGAAUUCUUUCUUCCUCAUGGUGACUAUGAAGCGAGUUGCGCGGUUGCGUGUGGUGGUACCUUCAGCUAUUGUUAUGCCCUGUUUUCGUAAUACAAGGGGGCUGAAUUUGCACAUAAUCAUCGUACGUAUGCUUUGCAAGUUGCUGUCGGCCGAGGGUUAAUAAAGUUAUAAAAUUACAGUUACUUGAGUUUGUCUGUUCUUACAUCGUUCUGAUAAUAUACUAUAGCUUUCUCAACUAA